AUGGAACGCAAUGCGGCCACCCUCCCUGAACCGGGUCUGUCAUACUUCGAACGCCGACGCGCAAUAUGGACCACCUCCCCGCCGAACCCUCCAGAACCUUCCUCACCCUCGCCGUCGCGCAUUAAAUUGGAAGCCUUGCUCAGCCAACAAGGUGCAGUUGAGAGCGAAGAGGUCUGGCGUGCAGGGCUCAAAAAUGUCUGGAAGGGUCUCGUCGGUGGGAAUCAACUCCGCAAACGCCUGCCUCUCACUAUUGUCCUGAAAAUAUUGCAAGCCGGUUGGCUGCGCGACGGUACUUGGCCUGAAGGAAUGGUUGCACCA